CGGCCCGGCCCCGCCCCUCCCGGCGCGGUCCCCUCACGGCGGCGGCUCCAUUUUCUCGCGCUCCCGCGGCCCCCGCGUAGCGCCCGGUUCCGCUCAGCCCCGGCCGAGAGACCCCCGAGACACCGCGCGCCGCCAUGAAUGAGGAGUACGACGUGAUCGUGCUGGGCACCGGCCUCACGGAAUGCAUCCUCUCUGGGAUUAUGUCAGUGAAUGGAAAGAAAGUCCUUCACAUGGAUCGGAACUCUUACUACGGAGGGGAAAGUGCUUCCAUUACACCCCUGGAAGAUCUCUACAAAAGGUUUAAUCUCCCGGGAACUCCCCCAGAAUCUAUGGGGCGGGGAAGAGACUGGAACGUGGACCUCAUUCCAAAAUUCCUUAUGGCUAAUGGUCAGUUGGUCAAGAUGCUGCUCUACACAGAAGUCACUCGUUACUUGGACUUCAAGGUGAUCGAGGGCAGCUUCGUCUACAAGGGAGGAAAGAUCUACAAAGUUCCUUCCACUGAGGCAGAAGCUUUGGCCUCCAGUUUGAUGGGUUUGUUCGAGAAGCGCCGCUUCAGGAAGUUCCUGGUGUACGUGGCCAACUUUGACGAGAACGACCCGCGGACCUUCGAGGGCGUGGAUCCCAAGAAAACCACCAUGAGGGACGUGUACAAGAAGUUUGACCUGGGCCAAGAUGUCAUUGACUUCACAGGCCAUGCCCUCGCUCUCUACAGGACUGAUGACUAUCUAGAUCAACCCUGCCAAGAAACAAUCAACAGGAUUAAGCUGUACAGCGAGUCCCUGGCUCGGUACGGGAAGAGCCCCUACCUGUACCCCCUCUAUGGCCUUGGAGAGCUGCCCCAGGGGUUUGCAAGGCUCAGUGCAAUCUAUGGAGGCACCUACAUGCUCAACAAGCCCAUCGAGGAGAUCGUCAUAGAGAACGGCAAAGUGGUCGGGGUCAAGUCUGAGGGGGAGGUGGCUCGCUGCAAACAGCUCAUCUGCGACCCCAGCUACGUGUCAGACCGCGUGACAAAGGUGGGCCAGGUGAUCCGGGUCAUCUGCAUCCUGAGCCACCCCAUCAAGAACACAAACGAUGCCAACUCGUGCCAGAUCAUCAUUCCACAGAACCAGGUCAACCGGAAAUCAGACAUCUACGUGUGCAUGAUCUCCUCCGCUCACAACGUGGCGGCGCAGGGCAAGUACAUCGCCAUCGCCAGCACCACCGUGGAGACCGCCGAGCCCGAGAAGGAGAUCAAGCCAGCCCUGGACCUCCUGGAGCCCAUCGAGCAGAAGUUUGUGAGCAUCAGUGACCUGUUUGCACCGACCGACCCGGGCACCGAGAGCCAGAUCUUCAUCUCGCGCACCUACGACGCCACCACCCACUUCGAGACGACGUGCGACGACAUCAAGGAUAUUUACAAGAGGAUGAUGGGAUCAGAGUUCGACUUCGAGGAGAUGAAACGCAAGAAGAACGACAUCUACGGGGAGGAGGAGCAGCAGUAAUGAGAGUCUCUAAUUAGGAGAAGUUUAAAUCGGCUAAUAUGAAUAUAUAAGGAACUUAAUGAACACUGUACGAAAUUCAAUAUUGUAAGGCCUGCUUUUGUAAUCCCAUCUCUGAGAGAUUGAAGAGUACUGCACUGGUAAUGUUCCCUUUUUGGAUAUCAUGUGUUAAUUAUUUCAUUCUAGUAGGGCUGCUGUCCAGAAUCUGGCAAAUUCCUGACUGAUAUUCCUGACUAACCUCGUAAGCGAAAGGCAGACUGAACUUACUAUAAUUAUUAUUAUUUUUGCAGACGUAGACGUGGGUGCAGAUUUGAAAUAACUCAUUGACAGCUGUGUCUUACCUUGUCUUUUUAAUCAUUUGUAAAACAUCCUUCACAAUCCUGUGCUUCUGGUGAGCUCGUAGAUGUGACGCUGAUGUCACUCAAACCUGAUAUCAAGGAAAAUAGAAACUGAGCACUCCAUUAUUGUGGACAGCAUCCCUAAAAGUCUCUCCCAUCAAUCUUAACUCUGUGGCAAAGUUGUAUCAUGGACAAAGCCCACACCUAUUGUAGCAGCAAAUGUUGGCUUCGUUCUGGGCACAGAACUUAACCUCCACUUAAGCUUCUAAACCCGUUUACAUCGGUUGGGACACAGCUGUGCCUCAGGCUCCUUUGUGUUUUAAUCUUAAUAAAAUUGAGAGAACAAAUUACAGAGCAGGCAAGAUGUGGAAGUAUUUUCUGUCCCUGGUGGCCUCUCGGAUGGACCAAACGGCGCUGCGGUAUCGGCAUGACAGAGCCUGUGCUUCUCGUGUCUCCUGAAGGCUCCAAAUGAUUUCUGUACUGCGAAGUAAAGCCAAAAUUCUGGAAACCA